UACAUUGCAUUCUUCUUCAAUCCUCCUUUAAGCUUAAAAUCAAUACAUAUUGAAGGAAGUAUCAAAUUACAAGAUUAAAUUACAAAUUGCUGGAUUUUCAGUACAUUUCAUUUAACAGUAAUGUUAAAAUAUUAAGAUCAUUUUUACGCAUACAUGUAUUUGUGGAACGUAAAAUAUAUUCAUAACCAUGGAUGUUACAAAGUUGAAGAAAACUAAAUACAUAGAAAACAUUGAAGAGACUGUUUCUGAAAUGAAAGACCGUAAACAAUGUAAUUUGGAAGAACCGAUUGACAUUGAAUUCUAUGAAACAAUUACACCGAACAAAGAAAUAUAUGAAAACUUACGCAUUGUUCAACCAGUUUUGGACAAAACUAAUUCAGGACCGGGAGAAAAUUAUGAGUCACUUAAAAUAGGACCAAAGCAGGAACACAAGGUCAAGGCUGCACAAUAUGUCUGCAUGACUGAAUCAGAUACAAAGCAGAAAGCUGUGCUUCUUAUACUUUCGAUGACGGGUGUUAUCUUAAGCAGUGUUUCUUUAGUGAUCUCCUCUACUGCACAAGAGAGAGCCGAGGCAGUGGAUGGGACCUGGAGUGGCUGGUCAUUAUGGGAAGCCUGCUCAACUACAUGUGAUGUAGGAAUACAAAGACGCCAUCGCAACUGUUCUAAUCCUGUCCCAUUAGGAAAUGGACGUCAGUGCCUUGGCCUAGACAAUGAACAUAGAUUAUGCAUGUCUGGAUCGUGCACAAACGGAGGAUGGUCAGCUUGGGGUAGUUGGGGAAGUUGCAGUGCCUCAUGCAACGUUGGUCGUAAAACAAGAUUCAGAACUUGUACUAAUCCUAGGCCUUCUCUGUUCGGAGAUUUUUGCGAAGGGGAAAACACGCAAGUGGAGAUUUGUGGCAGGAACCCAUGCAAUGACGGAGGUUGGUCAGCUUGGAGAAGCUGGGGAAGUUGCAGUGCCUCAUGCAAUGUUGGUCUUAAAUCAAGAUUCAGAACUUGUACUAAUCCUAGGCCUUCUCUAUUUGGAGAUUUUUGCGAAGGGGAAAACACGCAAGUGGAGAUUUGUGGAAGGAACCCAUGCAAAGAAACUCGCGUUGCAUUUAAUGUAUAUCAGUCCUCUGCCAAAGGAACUACCGGAAGCCACACUGUAAUAUUUACUAGUAUAUUACUCAAUGAAGGGGAAGCUUACAAUCAAACAGAUGGAAUUUUUACUGCUCCAUUUAGUGGACUUUAUCAGUUCAACGGGCAAAUUUGUACAGUGGUAGGAGAGGAUGCAGACUACACCCUAACAAUUGAAGGAAAGUCUUUUGCAAGCGGAGAAUACAGAACACCAUCAGAAGCUUCUGAUGGUAAAUGUACAUCAUUCAGCGCCGUUGUGUCCGUGCUAAAAGACCAGAGAGUCUGGAUAACAAGUCAGCAUUUGUUUGCAAACGGCAACGAUUGGAAUUCCUUCUCGGGCAUCCUAAUUCACAAAACGUAAAAGGGAACUUUUUUUCAGGAAAGCCAGAGCUGAGCCAAAGAUAUCCAAAGAACAUCAUGUUUGACAGUAUUGGUUUACAGGGAAUGGACAAUUAACGGAGUACCGUUUAAACAAUCAAUGCAGUAAUUAGGAUAACAGCUAAAACUUCUGUAUGAUAAUUUUUGCAAAUUGAUUCGAAUGAUGCACACAAUGUUUCGUUUUUUCAUCGUCCGUAAACGCCACAUUUUACCACGACGCAGACGGUGUCAUAAAAACUGAUUAUAUCUCCUAGCCCACUAUUCGGUAAAAAUACUUUUUUUCUUUAACUGUAACACUUAAGUUAAAGUUUAUAAUUACUUUUCAUAACAUUAAUUAUUUGGUGUCUCCUUGGCCGAGUAUUUAAUGUCGCUGAGUUAGAGUCACUUGCGCCUCACCGUUUUGGUUUCGAAAACUCGCUUAAUGUGUAGAAUUCUUUGUUGGAGGGAAACUAUCUGUCUGGCUAGCGGAAGUUCCGUGAUUCUACUAAGGUGCCUGCUGUUGCCUACAAUUAUGUCCGAAUGGCCGCUUGGCGUCUUCAGCGGUCAUCAAAAGCUGGAAAUUCGCAAUAUUGCCUAAAAGUGUGUCGUUGUGACCUUAAACCAAAUAAAAAACAAACAGACUAAUCUUCAGCGUUUGACUCAUAAUAACAAUAUUACAAUACCAUAUACAUUAUACAUGUUGGCGGCAAUAUGAUAGGAAACAGAAUGGUUCUAAAUCGUCUUUAAGACAAAAUACCCUUUAUACUUUUAGUAGAUGGUCCAUUAACUGUGGGUAUAUAUGACUGCAUCAGUCCAUUGAUAAUUGCAAGUAUAUAGACUAUCGUUUUUAUGCCAAAAUCAGUUUGAUUCUGUAGAUACAAUGACCAGGUAACGCAUAAAUCCUGGAAAAGCUUGAAACAUGCUCAAUACAUAUUGGGCACGCAAGCUGUUAGUUCAGUUUUUGUACGAAGUCAAAUAUUUAGACUUUAUAAAAAGUGUGCUUUUUCUGCAAUAAAUUUGAAAGAGAAAAGCAAAACAUGGUUUGAACAAAUAUAAAAUCGCUACGGAUUGUGAUAUUCAUGUGUGGUACACAAGUGGGAGAAUUAUACCCAUCGAGUUUUCUAUAUUCAAAAUGUUUCGUAUUUACUACAAUUUUUAAAGGAAGAAUUUUUGAUUUUUGAAGCGUUUUAUGAAUGCGUAUAGGAUUUUGUUUCGUUAUCGACAAGACUCGAACAUUAUCGUAUAUUUCCAUCAAUUCUUAACGAACUUGCGUUCUCUUAACGGCGAACUCUGAUUUCUUCUCACCCGCUUAACUCUAAAACUUUUCGGGUUUUUAUAUAGAAAUUAAUACAGGCUCCAUAAUCUGAUUUUGAUUAUUGACAAUAGUCGAUUUUAAACUACUUAAAGAUUGGGAUAAAAAUUGAGUUGCAUAGAAUUUGGAGCUACCCGACGUUCAUUACACAAAUUUUCCAUAUUAUAUUAUAGCCAGCACUGAACUUUUAGCCUGACUGUACAUUGAAAUCCACAAAACCGAAUCCGAGCUUGAAAUUAAUUUUGACCUGUUUGAAGAUUGAAAUUCAAACUUACACCGAAAUUUACUAUUUAGGCGGCAUUAUUUUGGACUCGUCAGAAGAUCGAAAUUCAAAUUAAUAGAGCACCAAAUUGUGAAAAUGAUCUACAUAUUUUUAUAUUUCCAGCUAGCAUGAAUUUCUUAUCGGUGUCAGCUAGAUGACCAACAUUUUGAAAAUCCGAAAUUCAAAUGCCAAAUAAAAAUUCAGCUUGUUGGUGUAAAUAUCGCACCGGCACAAUUAUAGGUCAUAUGUGCCCCUCAGUGCAUUAUUUCAUCACGGACGGGUACCUGGGUAAAAACCACAGACCUUCCGUAAGCAAGCUGGAUGGCUGCUUCGCAUGAAAAAUUCAAAGCCCCUAGCAUGGAGAGGACUUCAAUAAGCCUACUGGCUUCCAGUCCAAUCCAGAAUUUAUGUAUGUAAAUAAUCAUUUGAAAUGUACAUAUUGGGAAAUAAAAUAUGUUUAAACCAAAGCCCCUAGUGAGGUUUGAACCCAGAUCGGUGAGGGGCAAGUAAAGUCGGCGACCAUAACCACGCUGCCAAGGAAGCCCCUCUUGCAAAUUUAAGAUAUAAUGUUCGAGCUUGCCUGAAAUUCUAGGUCAGAUUAUAUUUUUGUUUAGAUUUUCAAGCUGGCUUUAAACUUACUACUAGCUCGAUAUUCAAAUUUUGAAAUUUAAACUGGAAUUUCUAUAUUUGUGCUAGCUAGAAAUGCUGUUCUAGAUUUUAAAAUCUUUCAUUAGCUGCGAAAUUAAAUUCAAUGCAACAUCUUUGAAUUAGAUUGUUUUGAAGGUUCGAGCAGACUCAAAAUAUACCAGAAGCAAUUCAUUAAUCUUCUUGGAAAAGUUCGCGAUAUUCGAUAUUGUGCAACAUGCAGUACAGUGCUAGAUUUUUAACUCCUAAAUAUGUUCUUGAAGAGGCCCGAAAUUCAAUACUACAUCGAAAUUCACCCUUACUGAAUUUGAAGUUCAAUUUUCGAGCUGGCUAGACAUUCUAUACUAGUUCAAUAUUUGACGUUCAAUCUCCGAAGAGGCUGUUAACUUAAUAUCACGUCGAAAUUCAGCUUUUGAAAAAUAUGAAUUUGCGACCUUUGAGUUGGCUCAAAAUUAAAUGCUUUUAUUUAAAAUUAGACUUCUUGAAAAACAAUAAUUUCGAUCAAUGUAAGUUUGAUUAUCAAACAAACUGUUAUAAUAUCGAGCUCCUGAUCUUUUGAUAAUAGAAAAAUCAUUCCAGUCAUAGUAAUGUGCUUGUUGAGAAUAUCGUGAUAAACGUAUUUUGAUUAGUCCAUCAAUUCACUGUAAGGUUACGACUGGUUGACAAACUUAUUUUUGUUCAUCACCGUUCUCACUUAUCUCUGUAAGUAUUAUACAAAUUGAGCCAUUCAAAUUUGUUCAUUGCUUGCAUGUUUUUUUCUGUUGUUUUUUUUUUUUGUUUGUUUGUUGUUGUUGUUUCUGGCAAAUCGAUAGCUAAAUUGUUAUCGGCUUUGUGGUGACAUUUAUGGUGGGUCUUAUUUUCCAAUAUGUUUAUAUCUAUCUUUCUGAAAAAGUUAGAAAUAUAGAUUUUACUUCUAUGUAUAAAUUUAUACUUUUUAUUCAUAAUUCUAGAAGUUAGAUUUCUAAUUUGAUACAAUAGGACAAAUUUAAAACUUCAAUUUUCAAAUUAGUUUCUAAUUGUUGUAAACAUUCUUGUUCGUACGAUCAGCUGUGAACUUGUUUUCUUUUAAAAGCACACUUUCAUAAAACUCGUUUUGCAGAUCCCUAGCAACUAACUGAAUGGUAUAUAUGACUAUUUCAUGGACUGGGUGUCACUGUGUAAUAGUUUGUUUAUAUAAUAUUAACAAUAUUGAUAACAGUUCUAAAAAUACACUAGUGAGAGUGAUGCCCCUAUAAUUAUUCACAUCAUUUGGAUCAUCCUUUUUGGGCACAAUGACACCCUUGCAUACAGAUUCGGAAUACGCACCUGUAUCAAAAAAUAUGAUUAAACAGUUUACAUAACACUAGUGCUAAAAUGGUUUUGCAUUCAAUAAAUAUUUCAGGAAUAAGUUAAUCUAUUCCAGCACUUUUACCACUUUUAAGGUAAGAAAUAGCAAUAAUACAAAAAUUUAUGACAAGUCAUUUGGACAAUCCAUUGAAUCAUCUGUGUGACUGUGAACAUCCUACAAGAAAAUAUAAUGUUAAUAUUUAGCGAAAUACGGUUUAUGGCCUGCGUAUACUUUAUAAUAGAUAAUAUCAAAUAAUUGACUAUAUCGUUCAUGCUUGUUUUUUUUGUUUGUUUGUUUGUUUGUUUUUUUUUUUUUUUUUUUUUUUUUUUUUUUUUUCAUUUAAGGUUUGUUUGUCUUUAAUAAUGUUUCUAUUUUUUAAUUAGAAAUUAAUAUCGUCAAUUUGCCAUUGUUAGCUCGAGCUAUUGUUCUCGCCAUAGUAUCAGCGUCACACCUUGGUCAAAAUUUUGCAUGCAAGUACGUAUAGCUAUUACGUAUUACGUAUAUUAUCGGCGUAUUUUGGUUCAGUGAUUUUUCCUGGUGUUAUGGCCCUUUAUUAGUCAAACGUUAUGAUAUUUUGGCAUCUUCUCUUGCACUAUUGGGCAAAUUUCCACCAAACCUUACAGGAGUUGUCAAUAUCAAACAUUAAGUUAUACUUGUCACUGGCAUGUGUGGUUCAGUGAGUAUUAGCAGAGUUAUGGCAUUUGAUUUGUCAUAUUUUACUCUACUUUCUUUGAACAAUUUCACCUCACCUCACUAGUGAUUAGUGUGAAGCGUACUUGUGCAUAGUUACGUCAUGUUUUGAUUGAGUUAUUUUCAGCGGAGUCAUGACAUUCAAUUGAUCAAAUUCUUUGAUAUGUACUUCUUCUCCUAUACCACUGCUUGGAAAAUAAAUAAAUAUAAGUAUUCAUGUGGGUCUAAAGGUAUGCUUUUUUGGUAAUUUUAAAAUAAGAGUGAGAAUAAAUAUUUCCGAAUAAAAUAACAAAUAUGACACAAAAAGAUCCUGUGCUUAGAAUAAAACCAGUUAUCGCAAUGACAUGUAUUACACAUUGAUGGAUUAAGCAGUUACUAAAACACUGAAAUACAACGAUGUUGAUAAGUCGAUAUAACGAAACCACAAUGUUAAAAAAUCUAAAUUGCGACGAUGAAAGUACGAAAUGGGUUCGACUUUUCAUUCUCAUAGUUUCGUUAUUUCAACUUUUCAACAUCGUUGUAUUGUACUUUUGCUGUUUCGAACUCACAAUAUCCGGCAAUAUCCGGUUUCUAACACGGCACCGUAUUUCUUUUAUACAUGUGUAUUUCAAGUAUAUGUUGUAAAACUCGUGUAACUGGUACUUGAUGGUAUGUCGAUUCUUAUUAAUAUAAUUUAUUUAUAUUUCAAGUUUAUGUUGUAAAACUCCUGUAACUAAUACUUCAUAGAAGAAGAAGAAUGUCUGCAUAAAAUGUAUAAAACAUGGCAUCACAAUACAUUAUCCAUGAAAGCAGAAACAAACAUGUGAUAAUGAUAUAUGUCAACUACAUUAUAUAGAAAGGAGUGGAAUCUCUUAUCUCCAUUGUGUUCCUUUAAAUACAAAAUAGUUUGACAUAGGAAGACAAUUUUAAAUAAUACCACAGCAAUUGGAAAAAGUAUGGUGAACUAUUAAAUAAUAGACAUGGACUUUUUCAUGUAUCACAGAUUUUAGACAUCACUACAAUAUUUAAAUGAUAAAUUUAUCUAUAAUUUAAAACCAUUAUUAGAAAAUGAAACCUACUCCUUUAAAUAGGACUUAAAAUUAUCUAAAAAUACCACAGCAAUUUGAAAAAAGUAUGGUGCACUAUUAAAUACUACUCAUGGACAUAUCAUGUAUCAAAGAAUUUAGAUAAUCACUAAAAUAUUAAAAUGAUAAAUCUAUCUUUAAAUAAAAACAUGACUUGAAAAUGAACAAAAAUAAGAGAAGGAAAGUAUGUUGAUUCUAAUGAAACUAACUUGUUUCAAUGAUACUUCGUAUCAUAUUGAUACUAGAUAAUAGUUUUUACAUUAUGCUAAUGCUAAUAUUAUAAAGUAAUGUGACUUGAAAUUUUUAUUACGUUGAAUAUAUAUGAUUUGAACUUAUUAUACGGAUUUAUAUGCUAGUAUGACUUGUACAUACUGAAUUAAAUGCUUACGUGACUUGCACAAUGAUGAUGUUUAUCUAUUUUGUGAUGUUUCUAAUACAAAUAAAUAUUUUAACUAAAAUAUACGCCGUUUAAUUGUUCUUAUAAGCUAUCUGAGGUAAAAUGCUUGAGGAAGGAGGACAUAUCCAAUUUGAUGGCUGUAGAUAUACAAGAGUUGUCAUCAUUAUAUCGUUUCCAUUCAAAUUUUGGCCAGGGCGGUAUCUCACUGCUCCAUUUUGAAUCGUGGUGAGAGUUGUAUAUCAAGAUCAAUUAGAAUCCUGAUGAGUGCAGUAAGUGAAAGAUCAAUUAGGAUCCGGAUAAGAGAGAAUUGCGAAAGAUCAAUUAGACUCCUGAUGAGAGCUAAAUGUGAAAGGUCAAUUAGAAUAUCCUAAUUAGAGCGGAAUGUGAAAGAUUAAUCAGAAUCAUUAAAAGAAAAGUACUGGAAAGAUGUAUUAAUUAGAAUCAGGUGAGAGGGUUUUAUAUAUAACAGACCAGUUAGAAUCCUGGUGAGAGCGCUAUGUGACAUAUCAAUUUCAAUUCUGGGAGGAUCUUCGGGGUAACUAACUAGGCAAAAGUACAUUCCACAACAUCCUAAGCCUCCUGAGACCAUUUUUGUAGUGAACCUUUACCAUGUUAAUUAAAUGCCUUUAUUGUAUAGAAACAAAGCUUUCAAAACUAGGCUAGAUAAAACUACCGUUCGAGAUAAGCAAUGUUGAUGGAUAUACGACCUUUUCAUCAAUACUGCAGACGAACAUUCUCAACCAUCAGAGGUGUGUUAUAGUUCCGAGACCUCAGACAUGCGAGUAUAUACACUAAGUAUGGCAUGGCAGA